GAACCAAUAAUUCAAAAACCCGCCAUGGCCUAGACAAAGAGUGUCCACCCACCCACCCACACGUUCGUUCCAAUUCAACAUUACCGCGGGCACUGGCUCUCAUUCAACAUGCUCUCCAGGCCCUCGCCGUCCUGCCUCCUCCGUGCUCCGAUCCGCGGCCUGCUGCCUCUGCGCCGGCCCGGGAGAAUUAGGAUUGCCUCGCGCUCUGCAUCUGCUUCUCUACGUCACUUGAAUUCUUCUCACUCACCACUCCACCCAUUGUCCGCUGCAGCUCAUGCACCCCACGGUCGUGCCGCCUCCCACCACGACCCUCACCCUCCCUCCUCCUCCACGACUGCCAUGACGGCCACCAAGAUCGACGGCACCGCCAUCGCCAAGGGCAUCCGCGAGCGCAUCGCCAAAGACAUUGCGGACAAGCAGGGCAAGAACCCGCGCUACAAGCCCAGCCUGGUCAUCAUCCAGGUCGGCGAGCGGUCGGAUAGCAGCACGUAUGUGCGCAUGAAAUUGAAGGCCGCAGAAGAGGCGAAUAUUCAGUGCAAACUGGAGAACUACGAAAAAUCCAUUGGCCAGGUCGAGCUGCUGCGCAAGAUUCAGCAGUUCAAUAAUGAUCCUAACGUGCAUGGCAUUCUCGUGCAGCUACCCCUGCCCGACCACAUUGACGAGUAUGAGGUGACGAGUGCGGUCGAGGGCAUCAAAGACGUGGAUGGGUUUGGAGCGCAGAAUAUUGGAGAGUUGGCCAAGCGCGGCGGCAAGCCUCUGUUUGUUCCCUGCACGCCCAAGGGUGUCAUGGUUCUGCUGAAGGAGAGCGGAGUGGAUGUCUCUGGGAAGACUGCUGUCGUCUUGGGCCGGAGCGACAUUGUCGGUGCCCCGGUGAGCUACCUGCUGAAAAAUGCAGAUGCCACUGUCACCGUCUGCCACUCCAAGACGAAAGAUCUGCCCGCCGUUGUCAAGACUGCAGACAUCCUCAUUGCGGCCAUUGGCAAGCCUCAUUUCGUCAAAGGCGAUUGGUUGAAGCCGGGCGUGGUGGUCAUCGAUGUUGGAACGAACUUCAUUGCGGAUGACUCUCGAAAGAGCGGGCAGCGUCUGAUCGGUGACGUGGACUACGAAGAGGCUGUGGAAGUCGCCAGCCAAAUCACACCAGUCCCCGGAGGUGUUGGACCCAUGACGGUUGCCAUGUUGAUGCAAAACGUCGUCGACGCCGCCGACACUGCGUGGGAGCGGCAAAGGAAGCGUCACUGCGUGCCGUUGCCUUUGAAGAUCGAAAAGCCCACGCCGGCCGACAUCAACAUCUCCCGUGCACAGCAUCCCAAGUUGAUCACCAAGCUGGGCUCCGAGAUUGGCAUUGCUACUCACGAACUCGAGCCGUAUGGCGCUUACAAGGCCAAGGUGUCCCUCGAUGUGUUGACCCGUUUGGAGCAUCGUCGCAAUGGACGUUACAUUCUCGUUGCCGGCAUCACCCCAACACCAUUGGGCGAGGGCAAGAGUACCACUACGAUCGGCCUUACUCAAGCGCUAGCCGGCCAACUCGGACGUGUUGCUUUUGCCAAUGUCCGUCAGCCCUCUCAAGGACCCACGUUUGGGAUCAAAGGAGGUGCAGCGGGUGGUGGCUAUAGUCAAGUCAUUCCCAUGGACGAAUUCAACUUGCAUCUGACCGGCGACAUCCACGCCAUUACCGCCGCUAACAAUCUUCUUGCCGCCGCCAUCGAUACAAGGAUGUACCACGAGGCCACGCAAAAGGAUGGAGCAUUGUACAAACGCCUCGUGCCCGCGAAGCAAGGCAAGCGCGAAUUCCUGCCCAUUAUGUUCAAGCGACUGAAGAAGUUGGGCAUCACCAAGACCAACCCCGACGACCUGACCGAAGACGAGAUCCGACGAUUCGCCCGCCUGGACUUUGAUCGCGAGACUAUCACGUGGCGACGAGUGCUCGACGUGAACGACAGGCAUCUCCGUGGCAUUACCAUCGGCCAGGCACCCACGGAGAACAAGGUGGAGCCGAGAGAAACGGCGUUUGACAUUUCCGUGGCAUCGGAGAUCAUGGCUGUCCUCGCCCUCUGCACAUCCCUCGCUGACAUGCGCGAUCGCCUUGGCCGCAUGGUUGUCGCAAGCAGUAAAGCCGGUGAUCCCAUUACCGCAGACGACAUUGGCAUUGGCGGGGCUCUCACCGCUCUCAUGAGGGAUGCAGUCAAGCCGAAUCUCAUGCAGACGCUCGAGGGGACGCCAGUCUUUGUACACGCCGGUCCCUUUGCCAACAUCUCCAUUGGCAACAGCAGUAUCAUUGCCGAUCGUGUUGCGUUGAAACUCGCCGGCACCGAGCCCGAGGAAGAAGCGGAGCGCAACGACAAGGUCGGCUUCGUCGUGACGGAAGCCGGCUUCGACUUCACCAUGGGCGGCGAGCGUUUCAUGAACAUCAAGUGCCGCAACUCCGGCCUCGUGCCGGACGUAGUCGUCAUUGUCGCUACUGUUCGCGCGCUCAAGGUGCACGGCGGAGGUCCAGAGAUCAAGCCCGGCGAACAGCUAGCCGAAGUCUACCGCACGGAGAACGUCGACAUGCUUCGUGCAGGCUGUGUGAACCUGGCGAAACACAUUGAAAACGCGCGCCAGUUUGGCGUGAAAGUGGUCGUCGCCAUCAACAAAUUCGACACCGACGCCGACGCCGAGAUUGCCGUCGUGCGCGAGGAAGCCAUCAAAGCCGGCGCCGAAGACGCCAUUGCCGCCUCGCACUUUGCCGACGGCGGCGCGGGCGCCGUCGACCUAGCCAAAGGCAUCAUCGCCGCAGCGGAGAAAUCGCAACCAGACGACUUCACGCUCCUCUACGACGACAACGGCAGCAUCCAGCAGAACAUCGAGACCAUCGCAAAGCGCAUGUACGGCGCCGCGAGCGUCUCGUUUGAAGAAAAAGCGCAGAAGAAGGUCGACACCUACACCAAGCAGGGUUUCGGGCACCUGCCCAUCUGCAUCGCCAAAACGCAGUACUCGCUCUCCCACGAUGCGAGUCUGAAGGGCGCGCCCUCCGGCUUCACCGUGCCGAUUCGCGACGUCCGCAUGGCGGCCGGCGCGGGGUAUUUGUAUGCGCUCGCGGCGGAUAUUCAGACUAUUCCGGGUCUGCCGACGGCGCCGGGGUAUUUGAAUGUCGAGGUUGAUGGGGAGACGGGGGAGAUUGAUGGGUUGUUCUAAUCGCCCUUUCUCUCUGCUCGUGCAUCCUCUUUUUCAUUUCUGUGAGUCGGAGUUCUUGAGGUUCGGGGGGGCCAUCCGAAGUGAUACCACUGUCAGCCGUUUCAUCACGGUGGCACGAAAGUCUUAGAGCUGCUGCUGCAUUUAGGGCGCGCGGGGGAGGGAACAGAAAGCAAGCAAAGGCGUGGGUGAUACUUCGUCUCAACGAGAAGUGCGCGGCGCCUUUGGUUUUUUUCUGGCGGGCGUUAACGAUUUUUACUUCAACAUACGGGGUGGCGGUGGGUGUGGUCGACUGAUGUCUUUAACGAUCAGUGUAGACGUGCGUGAAAGGGUAGACGGUAGAAAUGGCAUGAAGAUGAUUGAGAGCAUCCUCGAUACGCUGUGUCUUACGUGUGUCUUACUUGAAGGAGAA